AUGGUCUCCCGUCAGGCACAAAAGAGACUCAACAAGGAGUACAAGUCGAUCCAGGCAACGCCUCCUCCGUUCAUCCAUGCCAAGCCGAACGACGAAAACAUCUUAGAAUGGCAUUUCAUCAUCACGGGGCCUCCAUCUACCCCAUACGAAAAUGGCCAGUACCAUGGUCUUCUUCGGUUCCCUUCUGAGUAUCCUUUCGCUCCACCAGCCAUUUCUGUGAUCACCCCUAAUGGUAGAUUUGCUUGCAACACCCGUCUUUGUCUUAGUAUGAGUGAUUACCAUCCAGAUACCUGGAACCCUGCGUGGAGUGUGGCUACCAUCUUGACAGGGUUGUUGAGUUUCAUGACUGGAGAUGAUAGCACGACCGGGUCGAUCGUGACCAGCGAUAACGUCAAACGCAGGUUGGCUAGAGAUAGUAAGAAGUGGAAUAAUAAUGAUAACACGAGAUUUAGAGCAAUCUUCCCUGACUUGGUGGAGCUGAACAGAACUGCAAUCGCCGAGGCCGAGAAGGCGCAGAAGGAAUUAGAGAAGAGCAAGACGGAGCUGCAGUCGAGCCAAGCGGUGGACUGGAGCAAGUUGGACCCUGAGGAUAGAGCCAGGCUCCAAGCCGAUGCGUUAGAGGUGAGGCCCAAGGGCAACUAUGUGGCGUAUGGCAGUGUGUUGUUUGCCGCCAUAGUAGCAGCAUAUUUUUGGUAUUAG